AUGGCCGAUGCUAUUAAACGUCUUUACUCAGAACAACCAAAUUAUACCUUGCCUUCCGUUCAUUACGAUAUUGACGAACCCGCUGAUUACGUUGAUCUACAAGACGUUUCUCGGCAAGUAUUAUCAGCCAAUGUAUCAAUUCAAAAUUUAGUGUUGAUCAACUUCGAUCCGGGUACUGAUGGAUCACGUCUUCGUGUAAAACUCUGGCAAACAAUGUGUUCCACAAAAACAGCGGCUGCUUAUCCUUACGUAACAUGUAAAAGAAAACCAAGUGGCGUUCAGAUCGGUGAUCUUUAUAAUAUUUACCAGCGUAAUCGUCAAUACGUGUUCUGGUUAUCACCACGAGGUGGUGGGCUCGAUUGUCACCGAACAUGGGAAGCACUUUAUCUCGACAUAAUUCCAAUCGUCUGGAAUAAUUCGUUGAAUGUGCUCUACGAAAAUCUACCUGUUUUGAUUAUUAAUGAUUAUCGCGAAUUGAAUGAAACAUAUUUGUAUAAGAAAUUACAUGAGAUUUCUAACAAGAAGUUGUCCAAAGCAAAACAUUAUCAAUACGAAAAAUUACGACAUGCGUAUUGGCGCCGUUUGAUAUUACAACGAUCGAGGCACCGGCAAGUUAGUGAUAUUUAUCAACGAAAGAAUCUCUGUUGGAGUGCACAGACUGGCGAACGUUUACGAAGAUCUUUUGGAUGGUUCUAA